AUGGCACAAGACCCGCGAGCAUUACUACAAAAGGCCGACAAAGCCGCAGCCGGCGCAGGAGGCGGCUUCUCCCUCUUCGGAGGACGCACAGAGAAGUACGAAAAUGCUGUGGACCUCUAUACUCAAGCCGCCAACGCCUUUCGACUACAACGAGACCUCCCAGCCGCCGGUCAGACCUUCGAGAAAGUCGCCGAACUACAACGAAGUAAGCUGAACGAACCGGAUGAUGCCGCGAACUCGAUGGUGGAGGCGUUCAAGAGCUAUAAGAAAGACGAGCCGGAGAGUGCAGCAAGGUGUCUAGAUCAGGCGAUUAAUCAUUACACUAUGAAGGGCAACUUUCGACGGGCAGCGACACAGAAACAGCAAUUAGCAGAGCUAUUUGAGGUGGAAGUGGGCGACCAGAAGAGAGCGUGUGAAGCGUAUGAGACAGCGGCAGGGUGGUUCGAGGCAGACAAUGCAGAAGCGCUCGCAAACAAACUCUACCUAAAAGUAGCCGACCUUUCUGCACUAGAAAAGGACUACUACAAAUCCAUCUCCCACUACGAACGCGUCGCCAAGUCCAGCAUAAACAACAACCUGAUGAAAUGGAGCGUAAAAGAAUAUCUCCUCAAAGCUGGGAUCUGCCACCUCUGUACCGCCGACAUGGUAGCUUCGAAUCGGGCGUUGGAGAGUUAUCGGGAUCUAGAUCCGGCGUUUGCGCAGACGAGGGAGCAUCAGCUUUUGGUGGAUCUGACGGAGAGUGUGGAUGAGGGUGAUCAGGAGAAGUUUGCGGAUAAGUUGUUUCAGUUUGAUCAGAUGAGCAAGUUGGAUAAGUGGAAGACGACACUUUUGUUGAGGGUGAAGGAAGGGAUCGAGGAGAAGGGAGAGGACUUUUCAUGA